GGUGAAGACAGUUGGCUGCACUGCACAUUAUGCCGUUCAGGAAGACAGGGAGUGUCUACUCUUAAUAAGGCUUUGUUGAGGAAGGUUGAAUGGCCAAGUCAAACAAGCACUAUGCUCCAUUCCUCACAGGUAGAUCCAGAAACGAACCAGAUAGAACAAUAUAAUGUUAAUGAAUACUAGUAGACCUUUUUGCUUAUAUGUUUUGUUUUCCCAAUUGGCCAUUUUCAUGAUGAUGACAUUAUUGACUACAACUACCAAACUAAAAAUGAUGUAAAGUUUUACUUUAAUAGAUUUAUUUCAAAUGACAUCACCAAAAAAAAAAAUAAUAAUGCACUAAAACUAUGAAACAGAGACCAUGUUGAUGUACCAACAACAUCCUGUGGGGAUAAAACUUUCUUGUGUAAAAAAUUUCUUUUGUCUCAAGAAAUAUGUUUAACUGCUGACCACAUCAGUAAAAGUGAUCAAAAACCAAAUUAACUUUUUUCCUGACUUGGCUAUGAUUUUUCUGUCAGGAAAUAUUUUUUGCAAAUAUUUGUGAGCUUUUAAACUCAGGGCGCAGCUUAUGUUUGAGUAUGCAUAUCUGCAGUAGUUUAUGUUUAUGUGUUCAGUAAAUUUAUGAUUGAAAACAAACAAACAAAUUCCUUUAGGUUAUUGUAAAUGCGGCUUACAAACAGUCUUGUUUUUCAUCCUUAUUUAGGAACGUCAAGUACACACUACAAUAGAAGAUGCGUUUGACACUGUGUUGCAGUACAUGAAUGUUACAAGUAGACAGUGUAAGGUAAUGAUUUAUAAAGUAAAGUUUCUGUGUUGUUACAAGGCUGUGCUCUAAGGAAAGUUAAUGGUGCCCAGUGCUCUGAACCUGUAAAAUUUAGGGUGCCCAGCAUAUGAUUUGUAUGAAAAAUCUGAGAUUUUCUAGUCGCCCAGGGGCAACAGUUGGGUGCGAGGGGCCACCGGGCACUGCUAGAGCACAGUCCUGUGUUAUGCAAAGUGGCUUUCAAUUGUUUAGACAUGUUAUGCAGGGAAUGGGAGCAGACAGACAUCUGGUACUGGAUCAUGGGAAAGUAAAACUUCAAGAAUUACAGUUGUGAAUUUCAUCAACUGAGUUGAUAAAGUAAAUUAAUUGGCUACUAAAGAGGGGCUCAAGAGCUGAUGUUUAGGGCAGAACAAAUCAAAUAUGUUGCAAGUUUAAAAUGGUCCUAACUUCCUUAUUGUUUUGCUCACUAGCGUUAUUUCAGCUGUAGAUCAAAGGACCAAUGUAAUAGCCAAGACACAGUUCACUGCGAUAGAUUCCAUCAGCCAGAUUACAACAUGGUUACUCACCGACACCCAGUAAGUUACCAUCAGAUAUAUUUGAGGGCAGUUCUAUAAUUAUUUGUAAGUCCCAUCAACACAACCAAAACAUGUUUAGUUUAAUCACGUAAAACUAUGUUCAAAAUAUAGAACUUUCCACAUUUGCCUUCAAAUUAUUACUCCUACUUUUCAGGUUUUGUAUUUCUGUACUGUAACAAUAUAGUUUUAUUUCAACUUUUCAUACCGACAUUUUUCAGGUGUGUUGGACUUAUCGCUGUUUAAUGAUGAGCCCAACCAAUCUCUGCAAAGAAGGCUGCUGUGUGAUACUUAAUGGCAAAAAUUUAGUCACUCCAUUUAAACAAACUCCAUGGUUAACUAAUAAUAUUAUUAUAGUCACACAUCGGUUUCCAUAAAUUUUUUUUGAUUGGUGUUGACUUAGGGAUGGAAAGGAACUUUUGGGUUGGAGCAAUUGAACAAGGUAUAUUUCAUUGUUGUGGUUUGUGAUUGCUCUGGGUCUGAUUCAUGCUGGUAUUUUUUCCAUACAACCUUAAAAGUUCCAGCAGUUGAAGCUUUUUGGAUGAACUAUGUGAUUUUACCUAUUUUGACUCAGUUAAAAGCAUGAAUUUUGAAUUCAAUAGUUUUAUUAUUGAGAAGAAUCAGAAAAGUUAAUUUCUAGAAACCCAGAUUAGACCAAUGAAAAAAUAGCUCCAGUAAAAUAAUAAUAAUAAUUGCCCAUCUGCAAAAUUUAACUUUCAGAAAAUAGGCCUCACAGUAGAUUAACAUCCAUUGAGAAAUAAAUGAGCUUCAAUUCAGAUUCAUCUUUCUCCUACAUGUAAAUUGCUGAUUUGUGAUCUCUUUCAAUAGCUCCAGCGGCUGGAGGAUGUUCAAGUGGAAGUAGCACCUGGCAGUUAUGCAAUUACCGCUGGUCGUUAUGGUGCACCAAGACAACACACCCACAUUGUCCGUUUGGAGCCCGGACAAACUGUGGACCUUGGAUUUUCAUUAUAA